AUAUUCUAUAGUCUACGCACACACGUCACACACGUCACGCACACACAUGCGAAAGAAUAGAUAGCGCAAAACGGAAUCCUAAUCGACCAUUGCAGGUUGCAAAAGCAAAAAUAAUUUGUUAUUGUAAGUUGCGACGGAUGGAGACGACGAUUUAUUAACGUUACAACUUUCAAUAGAUACAUGGUAUUUAUUUACUAUUAAAAUGUCGUCGUUGCAUAAAAUGUCAUAACCGUUAUUGUAUUAAUUAUCACGGUAUUACAACACUGAAGUCGUCGUCGAUUGCUACUUGUUCGUCGCGCAGAGAUCAGCUGUCCAUCGUCGUCUUGUCUUACGUGACCACCGUUCGCACCGCGUACGGCCCAGUACAGAAGCGACACCCGCAGACUUGUUUUCGUAAAAUACUACUAAUAAGAAAUUGGCAUUAGGCACAUACUUCUUUUAUCAUUAUCAGUGUGACGAAACGGAGAUUCGGAGAUAGUAAGGUUUAGGCAGCGCAAGCGGUACGUGUGGAUUUUGAGUAGAGGCAUGUUGUGAAUUUGUGAUAUUGUGAUCACCAGUGGUUGGUGGACGGAUACUGCGUUUUGCUUACGUGAUUAGAUUUUUCUACUCUCUGUGUUCUCUCCCUUCUGGCGACUGGAAAACCUUGAGCUACAAACAGUACUGUCAAACCGUGUCAAGUUCGCGUGUCCUGGACGUUUUUCAGGUUUCCGACUAGUACCACGGACGCAUCAUGGAACACAGAUAUAACUAUUUCCAGCAAAACCCUAAUUCCUUUGUUAAUGGACAGUCAGCGUUCAAUCAAUCAUCUGCUGAUGGGAUUCAGUCGACCAAUAAUAACGCUGCAAGCAUGCCAUCCACGUCUCCCUCAGAUCAAUCACUGUUUCAUGAGAAAAUACAUUCAAAUCCUAAUGCUGUUCCAUUAAUUAAUAAUUAUUCAUAUCAAAUGGAUUCAGCUGAUCAACCACCGCACUCGUCUGGACCACCUAGGACUAAUGCUAAAGGAAUUUAUGAAAAUUCUCAAUCUUCAAUUCCAAAUGUUCUAAAUCUAGCUCAAUCUAAUAAUGCUGAAAAUUAUUCAAUAAAUCCAGAUUUUCAGCUACAACCUCAUCUUACUGCUUUAUUACCACAACAAUCUAAAAGAGUUCCAGAACUUUAUCCAGUAACUAAAUACAAUACUAGUAAAGGAUCCAUAGCAGAAAAUAUGAAUACAAACUAUUUUUCUUCAAAUAAGCCUUAUCCUGAACCCAACAUUAUUGAGUAUGAUAUGGAAGAAACAUCUACUGAAAGUUCACCACAACAUACUUCUUCAUUAUACUCUGAAAGUACAGAUCAGGAUUCAGAAAGUACACAUCCAAGUAAUGUAUUUCCACAGCUUACGUUAAAUAAAGGUACGGAGUGUCAUGUAACAAAGGAAUCAAAAACAAUUACAACUUUAAAUCAUGAGUUUCCUGUACCUAGCCAAUUUGCUGAUUUGAGUCUUAAAAAAAAUGAUAAUGUUGAUGAUCACCAACAUUCUAUUUUACAUAGUGCUUAUAAUCAAGAUGAUGAUGAUAUUAUUGAAGACAUUCCUUUAUUUGACAAUAUUAACCAGAAUGAUAGAGAACCAAGCAUAGAAAAUCUUGAAUCUCGCUGUAAUGAAGAAAGUUUAAACAUGCCGAGAACUCAAACAUUUGAUUCUUACCCUACUAAAAACGAUUUUGAACAGACACAAUUUAAUUAUGAGGAUAAACAAAGUUCAUCUUCUUCUAUUUAUAAUAGUAUUACUAAUUAUUUGUCUUAUAAUACUGAUAAAUCUUCAAACAUUCAGAAUGAUUCUCAGUUUAGUAAAAAUUCAUAUUUUAGUCAAACUAACACUUCGAAUCAAACUAGUUCAUCAAAUAGUUCAGUUUUACAACACUCACAAAGCAAACCAUUAUUCCUUAAUGGCAAUACUGAACUAUUUAAUCAUCAACAAGCAUCAUUAAGUGUUCAAAAUUAUAAUAAUGACCCUAAGUCAGAACAUUUUAACCAACAAAAUAAACAUAUUCAACCUGAUAUUCAAAAUUUAAUUGCUCCCCAAAUUAAUUCUCAAUCACAAUCCAAUUUUACUAAUAAUUCACAAGACAAAAUAGUUUUUGAACAGAUAACAUCAUCAGCUCAAGCAUUAAAUUAUCAGACUAGUAGUCAAUCUAUGAAUUCUUAUGGUACCAAUUUGUAUAAUCACCAAAAUGAACAAGGUAUUGAAUCUACUAKCCAGCAAUCUAUAUAUAAUUCUUCAAAACCACCUGUAUCUGAAUUGUUGAACGAUAAUCAACCUAUAGCUAGCCAAGAGUUUAAAACUCAAAGUUCAUCAUUACUAUAUACUCAGUCUCUUGGUUCAAUGACUUCAGCUACCAUUGCAGAUCCUUCAAAAAAAUCAUUUCCUGUAUCUGAAAUAGUACUUCAAGAUAAUCAGCAUAUACUGUAUCAAAAAUCAGAAAAUGAACCGGCAAGUAAUUUAUUAAAUGUAUCUAAUGCUACUAAAAAUAGUCCAAUUGAUGUAUUAAAUCAAAACUCUACAAAAGUUGUACAAUCUGAGUUUGAUAUUAAACUUUCACAAUCUCCAAGUAAUAUCAUACCUGGAAAUCCGCAAGAAACGACAGUUGAUCAAUCUAAACCCAAAAAUACACAAUUUAAAGAAGACUUACAUAAUGAAGAAAAAUUGAUGUCUCCGCCAUCUUUUAAAAAUGUUACUCAGUCUAAUGAUUUCUUUAGUUCUAAUAGUAUGACUUCUCAGCUAGAUUUAAAUAAUCAGCCACUAUCAAGAAAUAAAUUUUCUCCAGAACAAUCUAUGAUUGAUGAUAAUUCAAAUGAUAAAUUUUCUAAUAAACCCAUACAUUUUGUAUCCCCAUCAAUUAGUAACCAAAAUGUGACUGUACAACAAUCUAUACCUACUACAGGUCACAGUGUUAGUCAUUAUUUUAAUUCAUCAAAUGAAAAUAAUAAAUUUGUAUUUAAUCAACAGUCAUGUGAUUUACAAUCAAGUAAUCAACUACAAAACGUGCAAAUACAGGAUAAACCUACUGUUUCAGUUAAUCCUACUUCAGACAAAUUGAACAAUUGUAUGACAUUUUCCAAUGCACAAAAUACCUCAUUAAAAUUGUUGUCUUCAAACCAGCAACCAUUGUCAGUAAAAACUGAAUUCAAAACAGAUGAAAGUUUAAAAUUAGAUUCUGAUGUAAUAUCAAAGGAAACUGUAGAUUCUUCAGAACAUGUUUUUAAUGAAUCAGAUAAUUUGAAUUUUAAACAAUUAGAAAAUGUGGAAAUAUUGACACCUAAUAAUCAAUUUUCCAAAAUGUUCAUUGAUAAGCAACACAAUAUUUCUGAUAAUAAAAUACAUGUUCAAGAGCAAUCAACACCUUCUUAUUUUUCAAAAGACAUAUCUCUUGUUAAAGAAGAAAAUUCUAUUGCAUUUCAAAACCUCACUUCUACAAUGCAUGAUAAUGAUAAUUCAGCACCUAAACUAUCAGACAUUAACAAAUCUCAAGCAAUAUCAAGUGAACAAACAAAUUUGCCAUCUUUAAAUUCAGGUCUACUAACAAAUAAGGUUUCUCCUCUGUCAAUAAGUAAUCAAAUUGUACCAGAUAAUAAACUAGUUGGUCAAUUAGAAGCUAAUCAAUUUCCUCAGCAACAUUUAAAUAAUCAAGUAACAUCCAAUGAAAUGUCAUCAACAUCUAAUCAGUUGCCACCUCAAAUGUUUGAUAGCCAACCAAAGUCAAAUACUAUACAGCCUCUUCAGUCCGCAUCAAAUCCAUAUACAACACAAUCAUUUGAUAAACAAAUAUUUCCAACUACGAUUUCAUCAGCAUCACAUCAAUUGCCGCCACAAAUGUUCAGUAAUCAACCAACAUCUAAUACUGUAUCACCUCCUCAGUUUGCAUCAAGUUCUUGUUCAACGCCAAUUGUUUCUACGGUCACUAAUCAAUUUCCAUCACCAAUGUUAAGUAAUCAAUCAACAUCAGAUAAUAUACCACCUCUUCAAACUGUAUCAAAUUUGUAUCCAAUACAAAUGUUUAACAAUCAUUCAAAACCAGACACAGUUUCACCUGUUCAACCAUCAGGAAUUAACCAGUUUCCUCCUCAAACUGCAGCAAAAUCGUUUAUUAAUCAAUCCACACCAAGUUCAACAAGGCCUGUUUCAGCUACCAAUCAAUUUCAACCACAGACAUUUAAUAGUCAAGUUAAAUCAUAUGUCUAUCCUCUUCAAACAUCGUCUGAUCAGUAUACAUCACAACCAUUCAAUAGCAAGACAAAUUCUAAUAUGAGUCCACAUGUUCCUUCAGCAGCAAGUCGUUUACCUUCGCAAAUAAUAAAUAAUCAACCUAAAUCAAAUGCUGCUUUUAUUCGAUCACCAACUGGCCAGUAUCCAUUCCAACCAUUUAAUAGUCAACAUACACCAACUACUGUUUCAUCAGCUGUUAACCAAUUACCACCACAGCCAUUCAGUAAUCAACAUAAAUCAAAUAUUGUACCUCUUCAAACAAUAUCAAAUCAGUAUAACUUACAAGCACCCAAUAAUCAACAAACACCAAAUUUUAUUCCACCAGUUUCGUCUGCCGCAAAUCAGUUUUCUUCUCAAAUAUUCACUAAUCAACCUAGAUUAGACCCCAGUUCAUCAAAUAAACUGACGGCCAACCAAUAUCAGCUACAACCAUCAAUUAACCAAUCUGUAUCAGGUGUUCCACCAAUUCAACAAGCAACUAAUCAGUAUCCAUCUCAACCAUUUAAUCAACAAACCAAACCAAGCAAUUUUCCACCUUCUCAAACAGUCAAAAAUCAAUAUCCUUCACAGCCAUUUAGUAAACAACCUGGUCAACAAGUAUUAUCAAAACAAAAUCUUCAACAGGCUUCCAGUAAUCAGUUUAGUAAUCAAUCAAAUUCAACCCAAUCAGUUCAAAAUCAGUGGCCACCAGCUAAUUUUCCAAGCCAGCCUAGCCUAAUCUCUUCGCAGCCAAUAACUAUGAACUCAGCUUCUAAUUUGUCUAUUGUGCCUCCCAGUGUUAAUCAACAAAAUCAAAGGCUUGGCACUCAUAUGUUGCCACCAAAUCCAUUGCCUUCUAAUAAUUAUUACAAUCAAGUUGAAGGAAAUGGAAAUGUCCAACAGCCUCAGUCUUCAAGUCAGCAUGCACAGUUAGCAUCAAAAGGGUAUCCACCACAAAGUAACAUGGGCUUUUCUAGUCAAAUGAAUUACAAGCAACCAAACGUUCUUCAUGGACAUCAAGGAUAUUAUAAUCAACAGCAAGACCAGUAUAGACCUGAACAGAAUCCUUCAGUUUUACAACAAGGUUUUUCCAAGGCAUGGGGGUAUGACAAUCUGGACUUAUUAAAAUCAAGAGAUGUGCUGCCAGGUGACGGAGUUCAUCCACCAGAGAUAAAACUUCCUCAAGGAUAUGCUAAUUGUGAUAACUGUUCUCCAGAUAUAUUCCGAUGUACACUAAAUAAGUUUCCGUCUUCUAAAAAUUUGCUUGAUAAAAGUCGAUUGCCACUAGGGAUUUUAAUACAUCSUUAUAAAGAUCUUUCCCGUUUAACUGUGAUACAAUGUGAAACUAUUACAAGAUGUCGGAAUUGUCGUUCAUAUAUUAAUCCAUUUGUUCAAUUUAUUGAUAAUGCCCAUUGGAAAUGUAACUUAUGUUAUAGAGUUAAUGAAUUACCUGGAGAGUUUCAAAUUGAUCCGUAUACUAAAACACUUGGUGAUCCAUCUAGAAGACCAGAAAUACAAAACGCUACUAUUGAAUACAUAGCUUCCCAAGAUUAUAUGGUUAGACCUCCACAACCAGCAUUAUAUCUAUUUCUUUUGGAUGUAUCUCGUACUGCAACUUUGACUGGAUAUUUAGAAAUUGUAUGUGAUCGAAUUUUAAAUAAAAUUAUAGCAGAUGAUAUACCUGGAGAUUCCAGAACUAACAUAGGUUUCAUCACAUAUGAUUCAUCUGUUCAUUUUUACCAAAUAGCAAAUAGUGAUGGAGGACAGCCUAAACAGCUUAUCGUUAGUGAUGUAUCUGAAAUAUUUUUACCAUUGCCUGAUGGUCUUAUGGUGAAUUUGGAAGAAAAUAAAGCAGCUAUAAAAGAUUUGUUGACUAGCUUACCAAAUAAUUAUAGAGAGUCAUACAAUACUGGUUGUGCCUUAGGAGCUGCACUUCAGGCAGCUUUUAAAAUAUUGGCUCCUCGUGGAGGCCGUGUUACAGUAUUCCAAGCUAGUUUACCAAAUUGUGGGCCAGGAAGCUUAGAAUCAAGAGAUGAUGGAAAUCCUCACACCGGUGAUCGUGUUCAGCAUAUGGCUCCAUCUACUGACUUCUAUAAAAAACUAGCUCUUGAAUGUAGUGGUGAACAGAUUGCUGUUGACUUGUUUUUUGUGUCUUCGCAAUAUUUAGAUGUUGCUACUAUCUCUGGAAUAUCUAAAUACUCAUCUGGAUGUAUACAUAAUUUCCCUCAAUUUGAUGUAAAAUCUCCAACUAUAGUUACACGUUUCAUAAAUUGUUUUGAUCGAUACCUGUCUCGUAAAAUUGGUUUUGAAGCUCUGUUGAGACUACGAUGUACACGCGGUGUGGCAAUACACUCCUUCCAUGGAAAUUUCUUUGUACGCUCUUCUGAUUUGCUUAUGUUGCCCAAUGUUAAUCCUGACAAUGCAUAUGGUAUGCAAUUAUCUAUUGAAGACAGUUUGGAUGGUGUUUCUGUUGUUUGUUUCCAGGCAGCAUUACUUUAUACUUCUAGUAAUGCGGAACGUCGAAUUCGAGUUCAUACACUUUGCAUACCAGUAACCGAAAAUUUAGAUGAUGUUUUUCACAAUGCUGAUCAACAAGCAAUAACAUGUUUGAUAGCUAAAAUGGCUGUUGACCGGAGUACAGAAAAAUCACUGUCUGAUGCACGUGAAGCCUUUUUCAAUGCUAUCUCAGAUUCUCUCUCUGCGUUCAAAAAUGGUUGCUCAUCUUACAAUGGUCCUGGAACAAUGUUGUCUCCUUUGUCAUUAAAAGUGUUUCCAUUAUAUAUUCUAGCUACAUUAAAACACGCGGCAUUUAGAACUAAUCAACCAACACGACUUGAUGAAAGAAUGUUUAGUAUGUGUCAAAUGAAAAGUUUACCUCUAAACAAUCUUAUUCAGUACAUAUAUCCAGAUUUAUAUCCUAUAUAUGCUUUAGAAGAACAGCCAAAAAUAGAUUAUGAAAAGUUGACUGAAAUUCCCCUUCCACCAGUCAUACAACUAUCUGCAGAACGUGUUGAAUCUAAUGGUGUCUAUUUAAUGGAUGACAGUGAAACUUUAACUAUAUUUAUUGGGCAUAGGUGUUCAGAUAAACUUAUACAACAAUUAUUUGGUUAUGUAAAUGUUAAUUCAAUGCCAGAACUAAUUACUACAUUGGCAGAAGUGGACUCCAAACCAUCAUAUUUGUUACGUAGUUUUAUUUCUUAUCUCCAACAUUUUAAGCCAUAUCCAUUACCAAUAGAAAUUAUCAAGGACAAUGGACCACAUAAACUACGUUUUUACAGUCGAUUAAUAGAAGAUAAAUUUGAAUCAUCAUUAUCUUAUUAUGAAUUUUUACAACGGAUCAGUCAACAAGUUCGGUAAUGGAGUAUUAUUAAAAAUAAUUGAAAUAAAUUAUCGAUGCUUAAUAUACACCUUAAUGUUUUUUUUAUUCCUUUAUAA